CCAGCAAAACUGUUAAAUCUGAUUAUUUUUCUCUUCCUCUCCCACAGUUUCACGCGAUGGUGUUGUCGUGUCGUUCCGGGUUUUUGGGCUCCAUGUUGGGACUGAACCGCUCGCAGCACCUCACCCUGCUCACACGGCGACUCUACCACUGCCUGGCCGACCACACGCUCAUACAGCUCAGAGGAUCCAUGCUGGCCUUGGCCCUCAUCACCCUGGAGCUGGAGACCUGCUGUCCUGACUGGCUGGCUCUAACCAUCGACCUGCUGAGGAAGGCACAGUUCGACAGCUCUGAGUUGAUUCGGAGUCGAGAGCUGGUGGCUCGUAGUCUGUCCACACCGAGAGCUUCCCUGCCUCCAAACACUGUCUACAUCUACCAACCCCUGCAGAGCCAAACCACCCCGCAGCCUCCGGCCCAGGACCCCGCACUCCCCGGCCGCACACUGGGUAUGUUU